AAGUUUUUAAGUUUAAUUUCUAUGAUGGGCGACAAUGUGACAAGUUAGAUUUUCUAAGAAUUUUUCGGUUUUUAAAAAGAAAUGUAUAGGUAUUUCAAUAAGAUCAAGAACAAAAUUAUAAAGGGAACAUGACUUCAUCAGGUACAAAUCAUCUGAAAGACGGACUUAUAGAUUUAACCUCCGGAUCAUUAGGGGGCAUUGCAGUGGUGUAUGUGGGACAACCUCUGGAUACAGUUAAAGUGAAGAUGCAAACUUUUCCUUUGGUAAAUGAGAGUAUGAUGCAAUGUAUGAAAAAAACAAUUAAGACAGAAGGUGUGAUAAAAGGAUUAUAUGCAGGCACAGUACCAGCCCUAGUUUGCAAUGUAGCAGAAAACUCUAUACUAUUUUUAUCUUAUGGAAUCUGCCAAAAAAUUAUUCAAAAAAUAAAUAAUAACAGUUUCAAACAAUUGACAACAUUGGAGAACGCCUGUGCAGGAUCAAUGGCUUCAUUUGUUGCGUCCCUUGCUAUAUGUCCUACAGAAUUAAUAAAAUGCAAACUCCAAGCAUUAUAUGAGACAAAAUCUGAAGGUGCUUCUAAAAUUGGACCUAUGAACUUGGUCAGAGGUAUUCUGCAGCAGGAGGGAAUUCUAGGUUUAUAUAGAGGAUUUAUUCCUACCAUUGCCAGGGAAAUGCCAGGUUAUUUCUUUUUCUUUGGAGGAUAUGAAGGUUGCAGACAAUUACUCACAUCCCAGGGGCAAACAAAAGAUGAAAUUGGGCUUUGGAAGACCAUGACAGCUGGUGGUGUAGGAGGUGCACUCUUUUGGACUUCUACUUACCCUAUUGAUGUAGCUAAAUCUCGAAUUCAAGUAAAUAACAACGGUGAUAGCUUGAUUAGAUUAAUUGUGAAAAUUAGCAAGGUUGAGGGAUUGUCCGCACUUUAUCAUGGCUUAACACCUACCUUAGUAAGGACAAUUCCAGCUACAGCCGCAUUAUUUGUUACUUAUGAAUAUUCCAAAAAAUUUUUAUACUACAUAUUCUCUGAACAAUAAUAGUUGAAA